AUGGAAGGCGUCAAUUCGCAGCAGGAGGUGGUUGCGACUGAAGAACUCGAUGGUGCGGUUGGAUUGGCUAUUUCAGGCGAUGAUCCGGUUGGAUUGGCUAUUUCAGGCGAUCGUAAUCCAGGUUGUCGUGCAUCUGUUCAAUUUGAUGUAGAUGGGAAUGGGAUGUGGACCGUGACAAAGCACCAGAAGCUUCAUAAUCAUGAGUUUGUUCCAACGACCAAGAGUUAUCUUCUACGGUCACAUAGAUCAGUGUCUAGAAAUCAUCUUUCCUACCUAAAGGAUUUGAAGAAGAGCGGUGUUUGUGUGGCUGAUGGUUUACGGUUUCUUAAAACACAAUCAGGGGGGUCACCACUCGUUGGUUUUACAAGCAGGGAUGCAUAUAACUCGCUGUGCACUGAUGUAUUGAACAAUUUGGAUGGAACCGACUCAAACACAUUAAUUGAAAUAUUUAAACAAAGACAAUCAAGUGAAAAGGAUUUUUACUUUGAUUUCGAAGUGGAUGAUGAGUCAAGGUUGUGCAGCUUUUUUUGGAGAGAUGGGAAAAUGAUGCGAGACUAUGAAUUGUUUGGAGAUUUGUUAGUUCACGAUACGACGUAUCGUACUAACAAAUAUGAUAUGAUUUGUGGUCCAUUCGUUGGUAUGAACCAUCACUGUAUGAACGUCAUGUUUGGAUGUGGUUUUUUGUUGAACGAGAGGAUUGAGUCGUUCAUAUGGUUGUUUAGGUCAUUUUUAAGAUCAAUGAAUGGGAAAAGUCCCCAAAGUAUAAUGACCGAUCAAUGCGCUGCCAUGGCUGCUGCUAUUUCCCAAGUUUUUCCAACCUCAAGACAUCGCCUAUGUAUAUGGCAUAUCGGUGAGAAUUCAAAGAAGCACAUCAAGGGACUAAGAAAUCAAAAAGAUUUUCUAGACAUAUUCAAUUGUCUGUUGAAACAUACAGAUACGGAGGUAGAGAUUGAACUUUAUUGGACAAGGAUGGUCACAACAUACAAAUGCCAUAAUAAUUCUUGGAUUGAAAAGCUGUAUCAAUGUAGAGAUAAAUGGUGCCCUGCAUUUAACAAAGAUUAUUUUUCUGGUGGUAUUUUAUCUUCACAAAGGAGUGAAACCACAAAUCACUCUAUUUCUAGAAGGUUAUCCAAGACUGCUGGGCUAUGUGAUUUCUAUAGCUCCUUUGUUGGUGUUGUUUCGGAGUAG